AUGGAUGGUCCUGGAAACCUGCAGGACAGUUCUACUCUGGCCCACAGGGUCGCUGCGAUCCACUCUCUUCCUUCCCUCCUAGGUUACAGCCUGCCCUGGGAGGACCCGAGUUUUCAGUAUCCUGGGAACUUUGCCCGGCCCCUGGAGGUUGCCAUUGAAGCCAGUAACGGGGCUUCUGACUACGGCAACAAGUUUGGAGAGCCGGUGUUGACAGGCUUCUCUCGCUCCCUGGGCCUCCAGCUCCCUGACGGCCAGCGGCGGGAGUGGAUUAAGCCCAUCAUGUUCAGUGGAGGCAUUGGGGUCAUGGAAGCCGAGCACGUGAGCAAGGAUUCCCCUGAAACAGGCAUGGAGGUGGUGAAGGUCGGGGGCCCUGUCUAUAGGAUCGGAGUUGGGGGUGGAGCUGCUUCGUCUGUGCAGGUGCAAGGAGACAACGCCAGUGCCCUGGACUUUGGCGCAGUGCAGCGGGGAGACCCAGAAAUGGAACAGAAGAUGAACCGAGUGAUCCGGGCUUGCGUGGAGGCCCCCGGGGGGAACCCCAUCUGCAGCCUCCACGACCAGGGGGCUGGUGGCAAUGGCAAUGUCCUGAAGGAGCUGAGUGACCCGGCGGGAGCCAUCAUUUACACCAGCCGCUUCCAGCUUGGAGACCCGACCGUGAAUGCCCUGGAAAUCUGGGGGGCCGAGUAUCAGGAGUCAAAUGCACUGCUGCUGAGAGCCCCCCACCAAGACUUCCUGAAUCAGAUCAGUGCCCGAGAGCGCUGCCCGGCUUGCUUUGUGGGCACCGUCACGGGAGAUAAGAGAAUAGUGCUGGUGGAUGACCGGGAAUGUCCUGUGGGUACAAGCGGUGGUGGGGACACCCCCUCCUCGCCUCCCCCGACCCCUGUGGACCUGGAGCUGGAGUGGGUGUUGGGCAAGAUGCCUCGGAAGGAGUUCUUCCUCCAGAGGCACACGCCCAUGCUACGGCCGCUGGUCCUGCCCCCGAGGCUGAGCGUGCGCCUGGCACUGGACCGGGUGUUGCGUCUGCCGGCCGUGGCCAGCAAGCGCUACCUCACCAACAAGGUGGACCGCUCAGUGAGCGGCCUGGUGGCCCAGCAGCAGUGUGUCGGGCCGCUGCACACGCCUCUGGCAGAUGUAGCCGUUGUGGCACUGAGCCACCAGGAACUCGUGGGGGCUGCCACGGCCCUGGGGGAGCAGCCGGUCAAGAGCCUGCUGGACCCCAAGGUCGCUGCCCGGCUGGCUGUGGCAGAGGCCCUCACCAACCUGGUGUUUGCGCCCGUCACGGACCUGCGGGACGUGAAGUGCAGCGGCAACUGGAUGUGGGCUGCCAAGCUCCCCGGGGAGGGCGCCGCGCUGGCCGAUGCCUGUGCGGCUAUGGUGGCAGUGAUGGCGGCCCUGGGUGUGGCCGUAGACGGGGGCAAGGACUCGCUCAGCAUGGCUGCCCGGGUGGGCGCUGAGACCGUGCGGGCUCCAGGGUCCCUGGUCAUCUCAGCCUAUGCCGUGUGCCCCGACAUCACAGCCACCGUGACCCCCGAUCUCAAGCAUCCUGGAGGAAGAGGUCACCUGCUCUACGUGCCUCUGAGCCCUGGGCAGCACCGGCUGGGGGGCACGGCGCUGGCCCAGUGCUUCUCCCAGCUUGGGGACCAGCCUCCUGACCUGGACCUGCCCGAGAACCUGGUGCGUGCCUUCAACAUCACCCAGCAGCUGUUGAAAGACCGCUGCCUCCGCUCGGGCCACGACGUCAGUGACGGAGGCCUCGUCACCUGCCUGCUGGAGAUGGCUUUUGCUGGGAAUUGUGGGCUCGAGGUGGAUGUGCCUGCCCCUGGGGUUGAUGCUCUGUCUGUGCUGUUUGCUGAAGAGCCAGGCCUGGUGCUGGAGGUGCAGGAAGCAGACCUGGCCCGAGUGCUGGGUUGUUACCUGGAUGCUGGCCUGCGCUGCCUGGAGCUAGGCCACACGGGCGAUGCGGGACCCCACGCCAUGGUCCGGGUGUCCGUGAACGGGUGUGUGGUUCUGGAGGAUCCCGUGGGGCAGCUGCGAGCCCUCUGGGAGGAGACGAGUUUCCAGCUGGACCGUCUGCAGGCACAGCCGCGCUGUGUGGCAGAGGAGGAAAAGGGGCUGAGGGAGCGGACAGGCCCGAGAUACUGUCUGCCCGCCACCUUUCCCAAAGUCUCCGUGCCCCGGGAGCCUGGUGGCCCUGCCCCCCGAGUGGCUAUCCUGCGGGAGGAGGGCAGUAACGGAGACCGGGAGAUGGCCGAUGCCUUCCAUUUGGCCGGGUUUGAGGUGUGGGAUGUGACCAUGCAGGAUCUCUGCUCUGGGGCCAUUGGACUGGACACAUUCCGGGGUGUGGCCUUCGUGGGCGGCUUCAGCUACGCAGAUGUGCUGGGCUCUGCCAAAGGGUGGGCGGCUGCCAUUACCUUUCAUCCAAAGGCCGGGCCAGAGCUGUGGCGCUUCCGGAACCGACCAGACUCCUUCAGCCUGGGGGUGUGCAACGGCUGCCAGCUGUUGGCUUUGCUGGGCUGGGUCGGGAGCGACCCCAACAAAGAGGUCAAGGCCAUGGGCUUUGAUCCCAAGCCCGUCCAGCCAGGCCUCCUGCUGCGCUACAACCUGUCCGGGCGCUUUGAGUCUCGCUGGGCCAGCGUGCGUGUGGGGCCGGGGCCGGCCGUGAUGUUGCGAGGGAUGGAGGGCGCUGUGCUGCCUGUGUGGAGCGCCCAUGGGGAAGGUUACAUGACAUUUUCUCCUCCGGAACUCCGAGAGCAAAUCGAGGUCAGGGGGCUGGCUCCGCUGCACUGGGCUGAUGAUGAUGGGAACCCCACCGAGCAAUACCCCCUGAAUCCCAACGGCUCCCCAGGCGGCGUGGCUGGUGUCUGCUCCCCUGAUGGCCGCCACCUGGCGCUCAUGCCCCACCCCGAGCGGGCUGUGCGGCCCUGGCAGUGGGCAUGGCGGCCCCCUCCGUUUGACGCUCUGAGCACCUCCCCCUGGCUGCAGCUCUUCAUCAACGCCAGGAACUGGACACUGGAAGGAGGCUACUGAGCAGGCUGGGGCAGCUCGCCCGGGGCUCCUGUUUGUCCCCAGGGCGUCCGCUGCGCUCUCCCCAGUCACCCACAGCAGCCCGCUGUCCGUUUCCAACACUCUUCUAGAGAUGGGACUAAAAUGUCAAAGAGCGAUGCUAAUUUCCCAGUCUGCCCGUUUCUGCCUAUUUCCAGCUGCCCCACUUGGACAUGUGGUGCCCUUACGUGGGCCCAGGAAGCAGCCGGCGGUUCAGAGAUGCAGUGGGGGGGUCACCUCAUUGGCCCUACUUCACCUUUCACUACCGCAAGCCUCCUGCCUCUCAUUCAGGCCCGGGAGGAUGUUUGAUCCCCUGUUGUCUUCACUGGAGUUUAUGGGAUGAUAGGGCAGCUCCUCGGGACCUCGGUGUUCUCCGCUCCCCCCUCCCCCCCAAUGAGAGGAACUUUCUGGGUUUCUCUGUGAGCUUCUGGGCAGUGCUCGGCCCUGACCUCUGAACAUAGCAGUCCUGUUUUACUUCUGGUUUAGCAGUUUCCUUUCUGACUAGGUGGUCAGCACCCUCCUGCCUUGAUCUGAGCCUUAGCAUAUGUGACUACGACCUCCGACCUCUGCCUUCACAAAACAUGGCCACUGCCGCCGGCGAGUCGACAGCCUCAUUGAAUUUAAACGAGCCGAUGUGUGUCAGGCAUUGUGUGUGUCUGAACUCCCUGCAGUUCAGUAGGGUCAACAACAGCCCUUUCUACCCAGGGAGACCCCAAACCAAACCCCCGCUAUCAGUCGUCCAGCGCCACACAGUGUCAGAGCCAAACUUUGCAUUGGGGACUGGCUCCCGAGGCCAUCGCUUACCCAUGGUGGCCUCCCAGCACCAUCUGUCCCGUGUCCCAGGAGCAAGGUCAUGAGGAUUUCCCACACUUGUCUCUUGUCCGCCCUGGGCCGUGGCUUCCUUUCUUUGCUUGUGUGUAGCGGUCACUUCCUUGUGACUGCUCUGUUACGGAUGGGAGACAGUUUGCCUUUGAAUGUGUUUGUUUCAUUUUGAUCAAAUGAUUUUAGUUAUUUUUUUUUAGAUAUAAUCGCCUCAAUAAAAUUCACCCUUUUCAGGGAGGGUAGAGGGAGAGUGGGUAGGAAAGAGGGAACCGAUAACAAGGAACUAUAUGUGACC